UUGAGUUUUACCAACUGAACAUCAUAAACCACGGGAGCGGGUGAGAGAGGUUCUGGCCGUGACCGGGCAAAAUUACCUUUUCUCCUUUGAAUAGCCUUUGGGGAUGCAGCUUCGGGGUGAAAUCGAGCGUUAGAUGUUCAGGUUAGUUUCACUUGUGAUAACGGCUAGGCGAAACGUGGGCAUCUUUGUGAGUUUGAACUUCUAAAUUAGUGCGAUUUCACAUUAGAGUCUGGUUUGAAUGGAUAGGUUUUUUCCUCGCUCCCCCCCAGAAGAGGGACAAUCGGAGGAGCACACGGACUGGAAAUAUUGCAGGCAAAGUUGUAUUUAAAAUAACCUCUCGGAGGCGCACGAGUCGCGCUGUUCCUUAUUUUAUCACUUUAGCUAGCUGCAGCUGGGCUAUAUCUGUGUUUUCCCCGGCUGCAGGUUGUUGUGAGUUGCAUUCGCCCCUCACUUCUACGGGGGAAAGCCGGGGUUUCAUUCAUCGGGCCUUCGUUAAGCAGAAGCCCGAGGCCACCGACUAACCUUAGCAUCCCUUCACCCAGGCGCCGAGAUUGGGCGAAUAGCGAGCAAAUACGUCCGUGUUUCUCUGCCUGUUCACCCACCGGCCUCCCUUCCUCCAUCCCCGGCGCUGACAGCAGACAAGGCCGAGGUCGUCUUAGCGCAGGCCCAGCCGCAAAGGCUCGACCUGUUUACCCCACCUCCGCGUCCUCCGACUCCCCAGCAGCCUCUGCCCGCGGAACCGCCACCAGACCGGCCCGAGGGAGACAAAGAGCCCAGGCACCAUCCCAUCCUAACAGCCGCCGACAUGAACCACCAUCACACCCAGCAGCAGCAGAAAGCAGGCGAGCAGCAGCUCAGCGAGCCCGAGGACAUGGAGAUGGAGGCUGGGGACCCAGAUGAUCCUCCAAGAAUUCCCCAGAAUCCAGUCAUCAAUGGGAACGUGGCUAUGGCGGAUGGACACAACAACACCGAGGAGGACAUGGAGGAUGACACAAGCUGGCGCUCUGAAGCCACUUUCCGCUUUGUGGUGGAGCGCUUUAGCAGGCUGAGUGAGUCUGUUCUCAGCCCACCCUGUUUCGUGAGAAAUCUGCCCUGGAAGAUCAUGGUGAUGCCCCGCUUUUACCCAGACAGACCUCACCAGAAGAGCGUUGGUUUCUUCCUUCAGUGCAAUGCUGAGUCAGACUCUACGUCCUGGUCAUGUCAUGCUCAAGCCAUGCUCAAAAUAAUCAACUACAAAGACGAUGAGAAAUCCUUUAGCCGCCGCAUUAGUCACCUGUUCUUCCACAAGGAAAACGACUGGGGCUUUUCCAACUUCAUGUCAUGGAGUGAUGUGACCGAUCCAGAACGGGGCUUUGUGGAGGAUGAUAAGGUCACUUUUGAGGUCUACGUUCAAGCUGAUGCUCCUCACGGUGUGGCCUGGGAUUCAAAGAAACACACUGGUUACGUGGGGUUGAAGAAUCAAGGAGCCACGUGUUACAUGAACAGCUUACUACAGACUCUCUUCUUCACAAACCAGCUUCGGAGGGCGGUUUAUAUGAUGCCUACUGAGGGAGAUGAUUCCUCUAAAAGCGUUCCCCUCGCCCUGCAGAGGGUGUUCUAUGAGCUCCAACACAGUGAUAAGCCUGUUGGGACAAAGAAGCUGACGAAGUCUUUUGGAUGGGAGACUCUAGACAGUUUCAUGCAGCAUGAUGUACAGGAACUGUGCCGAGUGCUGUUGGACAAUGUGGAGAACAAGAUGAAAGGAACUUGUGUGGAGGGCACAAUCCCAAAGCUCUUCCGAGGGAAGAUGGUGUCCUACAUCCAGUGUAAGCAUGUGGACUAUCGGUCAGAAAGAAUAGAGGAUUACUACGACAUCCAACUCAGCAUAAAAGGAAAGAAAAACAUCUUUGAGUCAUUCAAGGAUUAUGUGGCAGUGGAACAGCUGGAUGGGGAUAACAAAUAUGAUGCAGGGGAGCAUGGUCUACAGGAAGCAGAGAAGGGUGUAAAGUUCCUGACCUUCCCUCCUAUUCUGCACCUACAGCUCAUGAGGUUCAUGUACGACCCUCAGACUGACCAAAAUAUUAAGAUAAAUGACAGGUUUGAAUUCCCAGAGCAGUUACCUCUGGAUGAGUUUCUGCAGAAGCCAGAUGUUAAAGACCCAGCCAACUACAUUCUUCACGCUGUGUUGGUGCACAGCGGAGACAACCACGGGGGCCACUACGUCGUCUACCUUAAUCCUAAAGGAGACGGCAAAGUGAGUGUCACCGCACCAAUAGUGAGAACCUUUCAUUUCAGGGGAGGCUUGCUGCCCAUUAUGUGUGAAAGAGCAGGGUUUCAGCAGGGAACUAGCCUUAUCCUCUAUGAGGAAGUUAAACCGAAUUUAACAGAGCGAAUACAAGACUAUGAUGUCUCCCUGGACAAGGCUCUGGAUGAGCUAAUGGAUGGAGACAUAAUUGUGUUCCAGAAGGAUGAUCCUGAAAAUGAAACCAGUGAGCUGCCUACUGCAAAAGACUACUUCAGAGACUUGUACCACCGUGUAGAUGUCAUCUUCUGUGACAAGACCAUUCACAAUGACCCAGGCUUUGUUGUGACACUGUCAAACCGAAUGAACUACUUCCAGGUGGCAAAGACUGUUGCGCAGAGGUUAAAUACUGACCCCAUGCUCCUACAGUUCUUCAAGUCACAGGGGUACAGAGACGGCCCUGGCAACCCACUCAGGCACAACUAUGAAGGCACUCUCAGAGACCUGCUGCAGUUUUUCAAGCCCCGGCAGCCUAAGAAGCUCUACUACCAGCAGCUCAAGAUGAAGAUCACAGACUUUGAGAACAGGAGGAGUUUCAAAGCCAUUUGGCUCAACAGUAUGUUUCGAGAGGAGGAGAUCACACUAUACCCUGACAAGCAUGGCUGUGUUCGGGAUCUUCUGGAGGAAUGUAAAAAGGCAGUGGAGCUGUCCGACAAAGGCUCAGAGAAGCUGAGGCUGUUAGAAAUUGUCAGCUACAAAAUUAUUGGGGUUCACCAGGAAGAUGAAUUGCUAGAAUGUUUAUCUCCAGCAGCCAGUCGAACGUUCAGAAUAGAGGAAAUCCCUCUCGACCAGGUGGACCUGGACAAGGAGAAUGAAAUGCUGAUUCCAGUUGCACAUUUCCACAAGGAAGUCUUUGGGACAUUCGGAAUUCCCUUUUUGCUCAAGAUCCGUCAGGGGGAACCCUUCAGAGAAGUGAUGAAGAGAAUUCAGAGCAUGCUUGACAUUCAGGAGAAAGAGUUUGAGAAGUUCAAGUUUGCAAUAGUGAUGAUGGGCCGGCAUCAGUAUAUCAAUGAGGAAGACUACGAGGUGAAUCUGAAAGACUUUGAGCCACAGCCAGGGAACAUGUCGCACCCGAGGCCUUGGUUAGGGCUCGACCACUUCAACAAAGCUCCAAAGAGAGGUCGCUACACGUAUCUGGAAAAAGCGAUCAAGAUUCACAACUGACAAGCCCCCACUCUAACCGACCAUACUAAAGACUUUAACCAAACCUCUUGUGUGCACCACUUUUAACACCUGCUGUCUGGGUACACAGUCACCAUGUAUGAAGUCUUCAGCUAAUGGAGUGACUGCUGAUGCUCCUGUUUUCCUUUUGAGGCUGUUCGAUUUGGCUUCUCUAACUAUUGACUGCCUUUGUCUGGAAGAAUGAAUUGGAUUUUAACAAGAAAGGGGGAACAGUAUGUCCUAGACUUUUGUUUUGAUUUUUAUUCUUUGUUGUUUUUUUUAUUUGUUUGUUUUUCUUUUUAAGUUCG